AUGUGUGGAGGUGGGAAGUUCUGGGAUGCUGGGCUAAUCAGAGCCCUUUUUAAACAAGAAGAUGCUAAUGAGAUCCUCAAGAUAAAGGGUCUAAACCCUUGGGCUGCAGAUGUUUGGAGUGCUCUUGCUGGGAGGAACACUAAAGUCAGGUUAAGGAUUUGGAGGUUGCAGGUGUUGAACAAAGUUAAACAUUUUAUUUGGAGAAGCAUCAACAAUAUCCUACCUGUUAAAGGGAACAUGAGUAGCAGAGGACUAAUAUGGAACAUAAUGCAUGAUGGACAACUUUCUGUCAAAGAGUUGUGGUGGAUCAGUUCAAUGCCAAGUGAUGAAACUUCUGAAGAUCGUAUUCAACUCUCCACAUAUAUAUUAUGGUGGCUAUGGAGGGCCCGCAAUUUGUGGGUGUUUGAGAAGAAAUGGCAACCGAAGACUUGGAUCAUCAAAGCUGCUCUUAGGGACUGGACAGAGUUCAAAUCCAGAAAUGAGGCUUGA